CGAAUAAAGAGAGAAAUGACUGACUCUCUGUUGCGUACAUCAAAUGUUAUUGGAAGAGAGAGUGACCAGGAAAUACUAGUUAACAAGUUUCUAUUAGAUCCGAUUGUGGGUCGAGAUAUCUAUGUGAUUCCGAUAGUUGGAGUAGGAGGCAUGGGGAAGACAACACUUGCCAAACUGCUAUACAACGACCAGAGAGUAGACAAACAUUUUGAUCUCAAGAUUUGGGUGUGCGUGUCUGAAAAUUUUGACAAGAAACAAAUCAUGGUAAGCAUGCUCAUGUCCUUAGCUCUUCAAAAUCAUGGAGACUUGGAUCCUGACCAAUUGCAAAAGCUGAUUCAAGAAGAGCUGAAUUCAAAGACAUUCUUACUUGUUUUGGAUGAUGUGUGGAGUGAUGAUCGCGGGAAAUGGAUUGAAUUCAGGGAUUUAUUGGAGGGAGGUGCUGCUGGAAGUAAAGUCAUAGUCACUACUCGUAGUGCCUCAGUUGCAACGACUGUUCGAACUGUCUCCUCAUAUGAGUUGAAGGGUCUUUCUCAUGAACAAUGUCUGUCUUUGUUUAAGAAAUUGGCAUUUAGAGAAGGAGAAGAGGAUUUACAUCCACAUCUCAAAGAGAUAGGAGGUGACAUCGUGAAGAAAUGUGGAGGGCUUCCUUUAGCUGUGAAGACACUGGGGACCCUUUUAUAUUCCAAAAGCGACGAACGUUAUUGGAAAUUCAUAAGAGAUAAUGAGAUAUGGAAGCUGGAGCAGAAGGAAAAUGACAUUUUACCUGCUUUAAGGUUAAGUUAUGAUCAAAUGCCAUCUCAUUUGAAAUCAUGUUUCAGUAUUUUAUCAAUCUUUCCUAAGGAUAAUGAUUUCACCAGCGUUUCGUUGGGUCAAGUUUGGAUGGCACAUGGGCUUCUUCAAUCCUCAAAUGAACAUUAAGACAU